AAAGUACCGAGGAAGAUCAUGGAAAGCCCUUUAAACUUCCUGUAGAUUCUGGACUUUACCUUCAACCUCUUUCACACAUAUUCCCUCCACCUUAAUUCCCAAGAAUGAGGAAUUUGGAUUGGAACCAAGCAUAAUUUCAAGAAGCACAGAGAUCUUGCCCUUUUUGGGAUUGCAGGUGUCUGACAAGUCCCAUCAAUUCACUUGUCAGAUGCAGCCUAGAUAGCUGCAAAUUUCUCAGGUGGGAGACUUUAUGGAUCAGGUUAUGGCUAUGUUCACUUGAAGGCAAACAUACUUGGAACAUUCAUAGAAAACAGCCCACUAAGCUUGCAGACUUAAAGCAGCCUUAAUGACAUACAGCACCCAUUCUCUGAUAAGCUGCUCACCACAAAGGCCAGGGAAGCUGAAAAAGGAGAACCGAAGUCUCACUGUGUAUCUGAGUAACUGGUUUCAGCACUGCAGAUGGUUCAACCCAAAUUAUACCAAUCAGGAUGAAAACAAAUUUACUCUUCAAAUAUCAGAACACCAUACCAUCUCGGAGUAUGAAAAAGCUCGCUGUACUAUUUCAAUAGAAAAUUGAGGUAGAGAUAUGCAGGAUAAGUUAAAAUUAAAUUGAUAUGUGGCAAAUUCAAGGAGUAAGGAACCUUGAAACGAUCCUGGUUUUCUAUCACCAAAAUUGUUGACAACUUAUUGGGCACUUUAUAAAACAUUAGGCUAAACAGAAUGUGACUAAAGAACUCCCCAUUCAGAACUCAAGGUAUGUGUAGGAAGAUAAUUCUCCACCAUCACUUUCCUGGCCUAUCCCUAGGAAACCUAGAACUUCUACUCAGAAAGAGAAGUUCAGUAGGAGCAAAAAGCUGUCUCAAAUGGUGACUCUACCAAGAACACAGUCACUCUAGGAAAAGAACUAAGCAACAGAGCUUCUUCAUUUUCCUACUUUAGAUGACCACUGGGACUCUCAAGGGUUAUCCAGGAACGCUUUGGAUCCAACGUAGUGGCAGUGCCUUUCUUGUCAGACGCAGCCUUCUAUGACCUAUUGGGCGUGCUAGUGAAACAGUCCCGGCCAGCCCACUACCGCCUGGCUUUGCCAGGUCGGCAGGGCCGAAGGGCACUGGAACCAAUGGGACUGCUACCAAACCUCCUAGAACAAGCAGGAUCUGAGAGUGCCUUUACCCACUGCACUCGGGAAUACUCACCAAAUGGCCGAGCAGAGAUUACCUAUGAAGAGAUGCGACUGUUGGAUGGGCAGCCCUGCUGGAUCCGCCUACAUACAGGUGGCCUUCGCAAGAAGGUUGCUUUCCUGUUGCUGCCACCAGGGCAGGUGAGCCUACAGCAGAAUCUUCCCUGGCUCCGAAGCACCCACAGCAUCUAUGUCAUCUACCAGGUCUUCUCUUGCUCCUGGCUGCGCCUGGAGCUGUUGCCUACAGCUGGUGAGCCCCAGCUGCUCCAGUUACAGCAAUCAUUGCCUGUUGCUUUCUCCUGCCUCAAGUUUUCACUGCAGCCCAAGGGUGUGCUGGGACCACAGAAACCUCUGACCAAAGAUCCACUUCCUCGUGCAGCCAAAUGGAUUAGACCCAACCCUAGCAUCAUGCCAACUCUGGCCCCAUCAGCACCUGCUGAUACCCCCAAAGCUGCUGAUGGGCCCCCAUCCACCCCAGCCCCACCUACACCACCUCCCCAGGAAGGACUAGAAGGCAGACCCAACAGAUUCUCCUACAAGGGCCGAAACCCCUUCCGGAGAGGGCCCCAGAUGCUGUCAGGUAUUGCUAGGGGAAAUGAUGAAGUGAUGGGAGGGACAGAGUGGAGGGGGAAAGGGGGUAUGGCGAGUAUAAGCCAGGCAAGUGUGGAGCACCCAAGAUUGUACAUCCCUGGUGAAGGGGAUGGCAUAAGGGACCCAGGGGAGGGUCAAUCAGAAGCACGGCCCUGGUACGGGGGUGGGGUCAGCAGAGAGAACCAGAGGGAGGGACAGGGGAAUCAGAAAGACAAGGGCAUGAGUCAAGCUGUGACUAUCCCAACCCUGGCAGAGAACUGGCUCUUCGGUCCCCGAAGCCCCCCACCAGAAGCCCAGGGUGGGGAUCCCGGGGACCCAGAUCGGCACUCCAUGUCCCUGCCCCUGCUGCAGGGUCUGUCCUCGGAGUUCGACAGCGACGACUGAAGUUGAAGCGACAGAUCCAGCGGGCAAAGCCCCCAAGAUCUGGCAAAGGGACACUGGUCCCCAAUAAACAUCAGCUGCUGUUCCCCAAAGCCAUCCUGGGCCUACGUUGUUUCUUCCUUCUGUGGUCCAGAGGCAGGGGAAGAGUUCCCACUUUUUUCCCUUGGCUUCA